GGAGUGCCAGCCCGUGCCAAGGCAGUGGGGGCGGUUUCCAAGCCCUGGGGAGUUGUUUGGGUGAGGAAGGGAGCCUGGAUUUGCAUUGGGGAUGUCUCAGUGCCAGCAGGAGUGGCUGCUGCACACCCAGCCUCAGCCCUGAGCCUGGUGGCACUGGGGACAGAUCCCAGUCCAGCCCUGAGCCUGGUGGCACUGGGAUCUCAGCUCUGAGCGUGGUGGCACUGGGAUCUCAGCUCUGAGCCUGGUGGCACUGGGGACAGAUCCCAGUCCAGCCCUGAGCCUCGUGGCACUGGGAUCUCAGCUCUGAGCCUGGUGGCACUGGACCCCAGCCCUGCAGCACUGUCCCCGUGCCCCUGGUGACUCGCUGGUUGCCAUCUCGGCUCCAUCUCCUCCUCCUCCUCCUCCUCCAGCUCUAAUCCCCGCAGACGGCGCCGAGCGGAGCAGCCGGCAGGAGCAGCUCUGUCUGUGCUGACCUGGCGUUCCUGCUUCCACUCUGGAGGAGAUGGGGCGCAAGGAGGAGGAAGGCAGCGGCUCCUGGAAGAAGCAGACGAGCAACAUCCGCAAAACCUUCAUCUUCAUGGAGGCCCUGGGCUCAGGCGCCUUCUCAGAAGUUUUCCUGGUGAAGCAGAAGAGCACUGGCCAGCUCUUUGCUCUGAAAUGCAUCAAGAAGUCUCCUCUCAACAGGGACAGCAGCCUGGAGAAUGAAAUAGCAGUGCUGAAAAAGAUAAAGCAUGAAAACAUUGUGACUCUGGAGGAUAUUUAUGAGAGCACAACCCACUUCUACCUGGUCAUGCAGCUGGUGUCAGGGGGAGAGCUGUUUGACAGGAUCCUGGAGCGGGGAGUGUACACGGAGAAGGACGCGAGCCUGGUGAUCCACCAGGUGCUGACAGCUGUGAAAUACCUGCAUGAGAAUGGCAUCGUGCACCGGGACCUCAAGCCUGAGAACCUGCUGUACCUCACUCCUGAGGAGAACUCCAAAAUCAUGAUCACCGAUUUUGGCCUGUCAAAAAUGGAGCAGAACGGGAUCAUGUCCACGGCCUGUGGGACCCCAGGAUACGUGGCCCCCGAGGUGCUGGCCCAGAAGCCCUACAGCAAAGCCGUGGAUUGCUGGUCCAUCGGGGUCAUCACCUACAUCCUGCUCUGUGGGUACCCUCCUUUCUACGAGGAAACCGAAUCCAAACUCUUUGAGAAGAUCAAGGAAGGCUACUACGAGUUCGAGUCUCCGUUUUGGGAUGAUAUCUCCGAGUCAGCCAAGGACUUCAUCCGGCACCUGCUGGAGAAGAACCCGAGCGCGAGGUUCACCUGUGAGGAGGCCCUGAGGCACCCGUGGAUUAAUGGAAAUACAGCCCUUCACCGUGACAUCUACCCAUCUGUCAGCGCUCAGAUCCAGAAAAACUUUGCAAAGAGCAAAUGGAGGCAAGCCUUCAACGCCGCGGCCGUCGUGCACCACAUGAAGAAGCUGCACAUGAGCGGCCACGGGGCGGCCGAGGGCUCUGUCCCUGCCCCAGAGACCCCCGAGCCCCCCAGGCCCAGCAGCCCCUCGGGGACCCCCCCAACAACAGCACCAGGAGAUGACAAGGACACAGCUCAGGGCAACUCACAGGGGCACCCAAACCCACCCAGACCCCCGCAGGAGACAGCAAUGGGGGAGGAAAAGCUGCCAAGCCCCCCAGAGGAGGGACCCCUGCCCAGGGACAGCAGCCUGGCCAUGCUGGACACCCCCAGCCCCCCAGAGGAGGGACCCCUGCCCAGGGACAGCAGCCUGGCCAUGCUGGACACCCCCAGCCCCCCAGAGGGACCCCUGCCAUACACCCCCAGCCUGGUCCUGUCACAUACCCCCAGCCCCCCAGAGGAGGAGGGACCCCUGCCCAGGGACACCCCCAGCCCCCUGGAGGAGGAACCCCUGCCCAGGCACAGCAGCCUGGCCCUGCCAGACAGCCACAGCCCCCCGGGCAGGAGCUCCUGUGGCUGCAGCCCCUCCUGUGUGGGCCAUGAGAAGAGCAAGGCGUCCUCCUGCUCCGAGACAGUGCUGCUCAAAAAGUCAUCAAGAUCCCACCAUUUCAAGUCAGAGGUUCUCGUUCCAGUGAAAACCAGUAAACACUCGUCUCACUGUGGCACUGGGCAAACUGGAGUUUGUUUGAUCAUGUGAUGGAGGCAGCCACAUGCUCAGAGGACCAGAAGGGCUCUUUGACUCUUUUCUGCCCUUGAGAGCCGGCAGUGUGAGCAGAAAGGAGGCUGUGCCCUGCCAGCAGCUCUGGAGGGCAGUGACCAGCUGGGCCAGGGGCACAGCAGUGCCAGGAUCCAUCCCUGCAGGCAGCUCGGGCUGCUUCUGGAUCAUUGCAGCCAGGAGGAGGCGAGGGAAGGUCUGAGGCUCCUGCUCCCACCCCUAGUGUCCAUUCUCAUAGGGCAUCCUCAGCUUGUGUUCCCUGCACCCUGUGUAGCUGUCAAUGCACCGAGGCCCUGCACAGCAUCAGCCCCACAAACCAAAGCCAUGCAGAGCUUCACUCCCGGGGCAGCUCCCUUGUUUCUACAGCCCUCACCCUCUCCUCUCCUGGCCUUGGUUAGUCCAGGCUCUGGCACUCUGGAGUUCAGCUGCCCAGGCCUCAGUGCAGCCCCAACAGGAGACAGAACCUGCUAGAAGCCUCCCUGUGUGUGACAAUGCCACAGCAAAGUCUGAGCUCCCCCUCCAAGGCUGUCAUUACACAAUGAACACUUGCUUAAUAAAGCUGAGAUUUGUUUUGUAAA